GUGCUGUCUGACAUACAUCUCACUUUUGGAGUGGAGACGAAUGAAAUGUUUUUGGGAAUGUCCCUGCUCCAUUUUCAUUAUUUCAGUGGCUUUUAAAACCCGGAAGAACUGUAGCGAACAGAACUCUUACGUACUCUCUAUCAAUAACAACAUGGCUGGAUGAUAGAUAGAGUUCGCCGUUAUUGUCAAUAACAGGACAUAUUUAACUGGGGCUGUUAGAUAUUUCCUUGUAGGCUUGUUAGUUGUAACAAGUUGUUUAACGUCUGUUUUUCCGCUAGAAUGUUUACUUUGGCGAAAGCUAGGCUAACUGUGUUCGGGAUAGGACGGCAGUGUGUGGCAGUGAGGGCACUCAAUGGAGCGCGAGCGGUGCGCAGAGGCGUCGCGUCCUCCGAGCGCGAUGAGGAGUCCAGCACAUCUGAAAACGAGCUCUUUGACAUUAUAAUAUCCGGCGGGGGAAUGGUGGGCACCGCUAUGGCAUGUUCGUUGGGUUUAGAUCCAAAUUUAACAGGGAAGAAGAUUCUUCUGCUGGAAGCUGGUCACAAAAAACAGAUGGACAAGGUCCCAGAGACCUACAGUACAAGGGUCAGCUCCAUCAGUCCAGGUUCAGCAACACUUCUUAGUGGUCUUGGUGCUUGGGACCAUAUUGUAAAUAUGAGAUGCAAGCCAUAUAAUAAAAUGCAGGUUUGGGAUGCUUGUUCAGAUGCCCUGAUUACAUUUGAUAAGGAGAAUCUGCAGGACGAGAUGGCUUACAUCGUUGAGAACGACGUCAUUGUGGCCGCCCUCACCAAACAGCUGCAGACUCUCUCUGACCAUGUUAAAGUGCAGUACCGGACAAAAGUGGUGAAAUACACCUGGCCCCGUCCUUACCAUGUCUCUGAGUCCAUCCCUUGGGUUCAGUUGACUCUAGCGAAUGGAAAGACUCUCCACACCAAACUUUUGAUUGGUGCUGAUGGGCCAAACUCAAUGGUGCGGAGAGAGGCAGGCAUCCCCACGGUCAAAUGGAAUUACGAUCAGUCAGCAGUCGUCGCUGUUCUGCAUUUGUCUGAGCCCACAGAAAAUAACGUGGCCUGGCAGAGAUUCCUCCCAACCGGCCCCAUUGCGAUGCUUCCUUUGUCAGACACUGAGAGUUCACUGGUCUGGUCUACCAGUCAUCAGCAUGCUGAAGAACUUCUACAGCUGGAUGAGGAGAGCUUUGUGGAUGCCAUUAACUCUGCAUUUUGGAGUAAUGAGAACCAUUCUGAGCUGGUAGAGACUGCCGGCUCUCUGUUCCGGACUGCCCUAUCUGUCCUGAUGCCUGACAGCGGCUCAGCACGUCAGCUUCCACCUAGCGUUGCAGGCAUUGGCCCAAAGAGCCGGGUUAUGUUCCCGUUAGGCAUGGGUCAUGCCUCAGAAUACAUCCGGCACCGAGUGGCACUCAUUGGAGAUGCUGCACAUCGCGUCCAUCCUUUAGCAGGCCAAGGUGCCAAUCUAGGCUUUGGCGAUGUGGCCUAUCUCACACAAGUUCUUAGCCAAGCAGCAUUUAAUGGAAAAGACCUUGGAGCCAUGCAGCACCUGUUGGAGUUUGAGACUGAACGUCAGCGACACAAUCUUCCCAUGAUGGCAGCCAUUGACCUCAUGAAGAGGAUGUAUUCCUCUAAUGCCGCCCCUGUGGUUCUACUGAGAACCUUCGGCCUUCAGGCUACCAACGCACUGCCACCAGUUAAAGAGCAGAUCAUGGCUUACGCCAGCAAGUAAAACACUAGAUGCACACUGGAUAUUUUCUGGAUCUCUAGUGUUAUGAAGAUUUUGUUAAUGGAAUAUGUGUGUAAAUUAAUAAAUUAUAUUUUAUUCCUCUG